GCGAGGCGAUGUGGCCAUGAUCUUUCCACAACGUCGCUCGUCUCGGAAGGCGUAUGUACCAUCAUGGAAAGCCUCAACUUUGACUGGCCCGACAGCAAUUUUGCUAUACAUUAUGGAACCCCCCAAUAUCUGACUUCCGACUCUACGAGGGUCAGCCCAGCAGCUGAACGCGCCAGCUUAGUUGCCGAACAGGCCAACGACCAGUCAAAUGACGAACGUGCACUGCCCCUCCUCCGAUUGAGUGACUGGGAACGCACGACUCAGUAUGAUAAGAAUAACCCUAUAUGCAUUCACUAUGACUUUCGCUGGAAGGUCUCUCAGCGUGAGAAAAUCCGAGCGAGGCAAGUUUGUUCAGACACAGACCCCGAUCUUGUCCUAGCUCCGAGCGACUUUUGGAACGUCGACUUCGAGCCACGACUCGAAGCCCUAUUGAAAGACAAGAAUAAAUUCCCAGGAGAUAAGUACACAUGCGAAGAAACGAUCAUCGACAUAUCCGUCGAGCGAAGCCGCCAACGCGGUCUGAAGAAGCGAUUCGAGGGCCUGGAGAUCGAUUGGGAUACGGUGAACAAUCAUAUGGAAGGCCUAGGUCCCUUGUUCAGCAAGGGAAGGAAAUUAACUUUCAGUUUGGAGCUUUUUUAUAAGGAGGCCUCGGGUGACUCCACGACCACCAAGGGCAAGCGGAAGAAGCCGAAUGCCACCGAGGCUCAAAAGCUUCAGAGAGCGGCCGACGCUGGUCUUUGGACCCGAGUCUACGAGCAUCAUCGUUGCAGAGGCAGACACUGCAAGCAAGGACCACAUUGCUGGCCGGACGAACGAGGAAACCACCACAAGCUGUUGUCAAGGCACCUAGAAGAGAUUGUGCGUCAUAUAAAAGGAAACAUGAGGGAAGGGGAGAACGAAGAGGAGGUCGACGUUGGUAUCGAGAUCCCAUCGACAAUCCUGCGAGACGUAUUGGAUGACAGCCGCAAGCGAAAGGCAGAGAGCUCCAUUGAUUGUCGCAGCUGCAAGGCCCAUGCCUCGGCCCACGGCAGGCAUCGUAAUGCGGCCGAGGCGACCCUUACUGAAGACCUUGGCCCCGUAGAAGGGGACAGAAGUGACAUACUCGAGGAGUACUGCAAUUGGACUCUGCAACAAGUCAAAAGCGACCGAUGGAGAGGGGCUUUGCAAACUGCGAAUCAGUUCGCGUUAGAUCAGUUUCUUGAACUGAACUCCAUUCUACAGCACCCGAAGGUCGCGGCCGAAUUGAUGGUCAAGGGCGGUGUGAAACCAGGCAUUGCACUGCAAUUUGUGAGCAAUAUUAAGAAGUUUCAGCAAGAGGCAAAGAGGCGUUGAAGCGCAGGAGGAAGUUUCCCGUACC